AUGUCUUCGUAAGCUUCUGUCUAUAGGUGCAGUUAUUUGUGUAUUGUGUCUUUUUGCUCUUUGAAUCCUUAAUAACAAUAAUUUGUGUUACAGUUGGUAUCAUGGACGGCUGGACCGAGCUCAAAGUGAAGAGAGACUGCGGCAGUUUGGUAAGCUUGGGAGCUACCUGGUGCGGGAGUCUGACCGCCGCCCAGGCUCAUAUGUUCUCUCCUAUCUGGGGCGUUCAGGAGUCUCACACUUCAAGAUCACGGCAGUGUGUGGAGACUUCUACAUUGGAGGUCGGCAGUUUAAUGCCCUCAGUGAUCUGGUUGGCUACUACACGAGCAUGUCAGAUUUGCUCAAGCGUGAGAGAUUGGUUCAUCCUGUACCACCCCCAGAGCCUGUCAACGACCUUCGCAAAGUUGUAGCCAUCCUACCCUAUACAAAGAUGGCAGACACAGAUGAACUGUCGUUAGUAUAAAUGAUUUUUUU